AAAAACCGAUUACUUAUUAGUUUCAUCUGUUCUGGUACCGUCAUUGGGAACGGGAACUGGAUUCUCACUGCAAAACACUGCGAAGAAGAUAAAAUAGCAUCUUCUUCUGGAGGAAAACCGUCUCAGCAGCGUGAUGAAGACUUGUGUGGUCCUCGCUCUCUUCCUGAUGGCAGGUGUGUCUCUUGGAGACAUCCAGAAGAGACUCAAAGGUGGAAGGCCGUGCACCGCUGAUGAAACCAAAUCUUUUGUUUUCAUUAACGACUGUUCUGGUACCGUCAUUGACGGGAGCUGGGUUCUCACUGCAAAACACUGCACGGGUAGAGAUGAGCUCAGCAAGGAAUACGACAUUAAGGACGUCAACUUAAAUCUAAAAGUCACCUCGGAGAAAACUUAUCCACACGGGACUGCUGACAUCAUGCUGAUCAAAGGGAAGACCGGCAUGACUGGUAUGCCCUUGGUGUCUGAAGCUGACUGCAACCAAGUCCUGAAAGACCUGGAACCAAUGAAUAAACCUGUAAAGAUGGUCGUUCCUGCUAAGGACACGCAGGCUAAGGACAAAACUACUGGGAAAGAUGUUUCCAUGUGUGCCGACAUCGACGUGAAGCGACGGGGCAUUAUGAAAGAUACCAACGAAAAGGUCUUGCACUGGAGUCCUGGAGCCUGCGACACCUGUAAGGGGGAUUCUGGUGCUGGAGUUAUUUAUAAUAACGCUGUGUUUGCUGUUUUUGGUGGACGGUGGAACACUACCCGGCACAGAAAAAUUGUCAGAUCAGAGCAUUCUGGAUACAUCGUCUGUGAUGGAAACAUACGUAAUUGGAUUGUUAAUACUAUGAAUAAGAAUCCUUAAAGGUGUCUUAGUUCUGUGAUCCUUGUUUGUGAGCAACAAUAAAGAGACGUCAGGUCUCCUUA